ACGAUAAACACAAACAGUUCUAUUUUUAGAUGCAAACUGCGUGCGGAGAUCAAACAUUGUUUUUUAAGUCACGACAAGAAGAUAACAAAAGCAAUUUCGACAUGGAGUUAUUAAAAGCGACUCCUAAUGUUCCAGUAGUACAGACCUCGGAUUUCUAAGAAAUGCUGACAUUAAUUCUGUUGGCGGCACUGCCGCUCAUGAGUCUGGGCAACGUGGUGGUACCCGUCAGCAACCACUGGUCGGGUGGGUUCCAGGGCAAGGCUUGCUUCACCAUCGACAGCGAGCUCACGUCCUGGCACAUGCACCUCAUCUUUGAUCAGCCGAUCCAGUCACUAGAUGUGUGGACGGCCGAUGUUGAGACCUCGACGGACGACAAGACGGAAUGGAUUCUCGACAGUAAGACGUGGAACGCAGUGGAACAUGUCGGACAAGAACUCUGCGUGGACUUCAUGGGGCACGGCAACGGAGACAUCGCCCCUGUCGUCACGGCCUACAUCGACGGUUUGACUAAUGGUGGCUCGCAUGGAGGAGAAACCAGCGCACCGGGAACCACACAUAGCCAGGAAGUCACUGCUUCUCCUAGUACACACACCACUCCAACUACCACCUCUGGAGGGAAUGGCAUCGAGGGCACUACAAGAACUGCAAGCAUCACCGACGGGCGCUUCGAGGAAUGGCUGACCUUUCAGAUCGACAAGCCCAUCACGGGCUGGAUCGUCAGGUUGACCUGUGAGGAGUCAGUCGACAGCCUCAGUGCUAGUGAAGCAGAUACUAAGGGCCACGACAGUGACAAGACGCAGUGGCAGUUGGUUGCCAAUGACGCUCACAUGACCCUCCAGCCCGGGCCGUUCGAGAUGAAGGUUGAUGGGUCGCUUGUGGACAGCAGCGCCUCAGACCUCCAGUGCUCGGCUGUGCUCAUCGACUUGGGAGUUGACAAAAACGACUGUGGCGAGGUGCCUAACACGGGAGGCUCCAAGUACAACUAUGACGAGCUUCUCAUGAAGUCCAUCAUGUUCUACGAGGCGCAGCGUUCUGGCAAACUUCCGGCGACAAAUCGCAUCCCCUGGCGAGGUGACUCCGGCCUUCAAGACCGCGGCACCGGAGGCGAGGACUUGACAGGCGGCUGGUACGACGGCGGGGGGUAUGUCAAGUUCACCUUACCCACAGCCUGGUCCACCGUGAUCUUGACCUGGGGCCUACUGGAGUUCAGGGACGCGUACGAGGCCGCCGGUCAGGUGGAGUGGAUGUACGACUGCAUCAAGUGGCCGCUGGACUACCUACUCAAGUGUCACUCGUCGGACAACGUGGUGUGGGUGCAGGUUGGCGAUGGUAUGAUCGACCAAGCACACUGGGGACGCCCCGAGGACAUGGCAAUGUCCAGACCCUCCUUCAAGGUUGACUCGAUCGGAGGUGGCGCUGAUGUUGCCAUGGAAAUGGCUGCAGCCUUUGCGUCUGGCUACCUCGCGUUUAGAGAACGGGAUGCGGAAUACGCAGAGACACUGCUUCAUCACGCGCAAACCGUGUAUGACUAUGGCAUCAAACAUCCGGGUGUCUCCAGUCAGUGGAUCAUCGAAUCGCAAGGUUACUAUAAUUCCUGGGAUUAUAACGACGACAUCUGCUGGGGCUCGCUGUGGAUGUACAAAGCCACCAACAAAAACAAGUACAUGACAGAGGCACUCAAGUACUGUCACAUUACUCCCUACGCUUGGGAAAUGGAUUGGAACCAUGUAUUCCUUGGCAGUCAGAUACUGCUAUACCAAGUCACGAAACAAGAAACAUACAAAAAGAGUGUUGAAGCAUAUUUCCAACACUGGUUCCCUAACGGCACCAUACUAAUCACGCCAAAGGGUCUGGGUUAUAAAGAAAUUCCAGGCUCCCUGCGCUACGCUGCCAACAUGGCUCUGGCCGCGCUGAUGGCUGCAGAAGCGGGUAUCCACCCGGACGAGUACCGUCACUGGGCCAUGUGUCAGAUCCAUUACUCUCUGGGUGAUGCCGGCCACAGCUAUGUCGUGGGCUUCGGCGAGAACCCGCCUGUCAGUCCUCACCACCGUUCCAGCUCUUGCCCUAGCCCACCAGCCUCGUGUACCCCAAGUGUGCUUCAUGCACACGGCCCCAACCCUCAUGUGUUGUGUGGAGCCCUGGUGGGAGGGCCAGAUGGGCGAGACGGCUACAAAGAUGACCGCGAGGAGUACUACUACAACGACAUCGCCAUUGUCUACAACGCCGGCUUCCAAACAGCUGUGGCGGCACUUCGUUCCCUGUUAUUAAGACACUUACACCCAGAACAGACCGGUCAGUCCACCUGUCCUUACACGUCGCCAGCUCCCUGACCCAAGGGGACUGACCUAACCUGCCAUCAAUACUACUUUAACAUAAGAAUUAUUUUUUAGUCCUUGCUGCACUAUCAGUGCUUACUGUGCAUUUAGUAUUAAAAACACCAAACAGGUUUUUGUUAGUUAUCUGUGCAAGAGAGUGAAAGUGUGUUCACUUAGGAUCUUAAAAUUCUGCACCUAUCAGCUUGGUGUCAUUUUGUUUAGCAUUUGGUAAUUGAGAGGAAUGGUUGUUUUUUGGAAAACAAGAUAAAAAGAUAUAAAGCUGAUGUUUAAUACACAAUGAUUUUUGAAACAUGACUAAAACAAGAAUUCGUUAGGUACUGCUACUUUUGAAUGAACCUUCAAAGGAA